AUGCAGCCACUUGUGCUUCAUGCCCAUGCCACCGGCCCCAACCCCAUCAAGGUCGCCCUCGCACUCGAAGCCCUGCAUCUCCCCUACAACGUCCAGCAAUGGCAGUUUGGCGACGACCCUAAGAACGGCGUUAAGGGCGAAGCCUUCCUGCGCAUCAAUGAGAACGGCCGCGUACCGGCUUUGGAGGAUCCCAACACUGGCGUGGUUUCGUGGGAAUCCGGGGCUUGCUUGAACUACAUCCGGCGCGUCUACGACAAGCAGAACAUCUUGGGACCUGUGGGAAAUACGGAGCAGGACAGAGUCGAUUUCGACAAGUGGGAGUACUUCCUGCUUACCACUUUGGGACCCAUGACGGGACAGACAAACUGGUUCCGACACUAUAACUCGACCCAGAAUGAGAAUGCCUUGGAACGAUACACUGCACAGACGUACCGUUGUUACGAAGUGCUCGAAAGCCAGCUCAAGAAGUCCGGCGGACGCAGCAUCCUGCCAGGACGUAUCACGGCUGUGGACUACCAUUUCGAACCGUGGGUGCGGCAAUUCGGAUUUGCUGGAUUGUCGCUGGACAAGUAUCCCAACAUUAUCCAGUGGUUGCGGGAGAUUACCGGACGCGAGGAAGUCAAGCAGGCCUAUACGAAGAUCAAGGGUGCAGCACCGGAGUUCCCUUAA